UGGGGAGAACCUACUUAUUGAAGUUAUAACCAAAUAGGUGACUACCUUGGUCCGCGAAUAACCCAGGUAACGACUCCCCACCUGCAUAUUUUCGUACAUAGCUACUGGGUGGAAAGAAUUAUAGGAGAGUUACAAAGUUACAUAUUCCGUACACAGCAGAUGGAUACAUACCUAACCUAACAUCUCUAUUCCACAAGUUGCAACUUACACAAUCCGUUUGCACAACAUAAACACUUCAAGAUGGUUGAUAACCUGUCAGCCAAGUUCGAACAAGCUCUCAUCUUAACAUCAUCCAAGAACACCGACACGUCCUGUUUACUUCUCGGUCUUCCUGUGGAGCUCGUUUUAUACAUAUUAUCCCUCCUCGACCCUAGACAUGUCGCACUUUUCUCUUUAACUUGCAAGGCCUCUUCCCGCCUCGUCCGGGGUACCGACUACGGCAAGGUUUGCCUUGCUUCUAUCCAUAGUGCUCUACACACCGACCUAGAUCAAGCCUCGAGAGAGAGAACCGAGUUCCUUCAUCACUUGGUAAAGGACCUCCCGCAUAUGUUUGUCUGCAAACGCUGCUCAAAGCUCCAUCGAAAUCUCGUCAGUCUAGUUGAAGAGGGUCCGCAUGCUCUGAAAAAUUAUACCUCAAUCUGUCGUCAAAAAGGUCUUAUGACUUUUGGUACUCUAUGGCCACAAUACGCCUUCACUUGCAAACAGGGCCGUGAGGCUAUAAGGAAUUGUAGCAGCGGUAUGGAACCUAACCUUGCAACUUCCCAUCUCUCUAUAUCCACCGACUGGAAGCUUAGGAGGUUAGGAACAUCUUGCAACAAUCCGGACUUCAUCCAUGGGUACGUCAAGUUGGACACCGAAGCAGCAGUCGAGAACGACAACUUAUACUUCCAUAAGAUCCAACGGAUACUCCUUCUCCCAGACAGAGUCAAGCCUUUUCUCAAGGCGAACGCUUCGUCCCCCAUGGAGCAAGUUUUCCAAUCUUGCUGCCACGGCACUGAAUUUCGGUCGACGUUCCGUCCCUUCCUGGAUCUGUUGGAUUGGAAUGGUCUCCAUAAAAUGAGUGUGCAUGAUACCAUCUCCAAGUUCGUCACUAUGGCACAUGAAAGCCUAUUUUCAACGAAGCCAGCCGGGCUGGACGGUUACGACCUGGAGAGGGUUUCGCUACCCAACUAUUGGUUUGCAGGUUGUAAACACUGCACGACUGAUAGUAUCACCACCAUUCAUAACCACGGCCGCAGCGGAGUCGAGAUAGUGAAUGACACCUACCAGGAUCUCGGUGAUUGUAUCGACCAUGUUAUCCGGAAUUGUGACCGCUACGUUGGUAAUGAAUGGGGGCAUUGUUGGUCGGGCCUAAGCUACGAAUAUCGAAUUCUCUUAUCCAGGCGGCAGGACCACCCCCAAGUCAAUGCUGGAAUAUUUAUGACACGUCCUGGUACAAGUGCUAUACAUCACCCAUCUGCACCAAGUACCCAAGAUAUCUGGGAGUUGCAUGAUCACGACCGAGCAGCCAAAUCGAGGUCAUCUUGAGGAUACCUGAGGAGGAUAUGAGCGUUGGCGUUUGGAAAGUUAUAAGGGGAAUAGAUAUACCACAAUGUAACCGCUUAUGUCGUUCGGUACCCAGGGUAGCCAGUCAGUCUUAAGGGAUUGUAGCUAAUUCUACCUAAGCUAAACGAAUAAAAAAACAUCCAACACGACGAAGUCGUUUAUUGGAGAGAA